AUGGUGAAAAUUCAUGCAGAUUUUACAGUGGAGACCACGCCAACCAAGCCCAUUGAGGGGCAAAAGCCAGGGACUUCGGGAAUCAGGAAGAAGACCAAGGUGUUUAUGGAAGGAACGUACUUGGCGAACUUCGUGCAGAGCGUUUUCAACACCUUGCAGGAAGAGAAUGUCCCCGUGCAGGGCGGAACUUUGGUUGUCUCCGGGGACGGCCGAUUCUGGAACCCAGAGGCGAUCCAAAUUAUCAUCAAGAUGGCCUUCGCAGCGGGUGUGGCGCGCGUCUGGUGUGGCACCAAUGGCCUAUUGUCCACGCCAGCCACUUCGGCCGUGAUCCGUAUGCGCGGUGGCAAGGGCUAUGAACCCUUUGGAGGCUUCAUUUGUUCCGCCUCGCACAAUCCUGGUGGCAUCGACGAUGAUUUUGGCAUUAAGUACAACUGCGAAAAUGGAGGCCCGGCACCUGAGAAGCUGACGAACAAGAUGUUGGAAUGGACCGCCAAGAUCACGGAGCUGAAAAGCUGCAGUAAGCUACCUGAUUUUGAUCUCUCCAAGCCGGAGCUCUAUGAGUUGCCCGGGGGGAAAUUCGUGGAAAUCUUCGAUUGUGUGUCAGAUCACCUGGCCGUGCUGAAGAAUUGCUUUGACUUCGAGGGUAUCAAAAAGCUGAUUGCUCACCCGCAAUUCAGUAUGACCUACGAUUCCAUGUGUGGCGUCCAGGGCCCCUAUGCCCUCCGGGUCUUCGAGAAGGAGCUCGGGGCCCCACCAGGGACCUGCAAAAACGCCACGCCGCUGCCGGACUUCGGGGGGCCCUCCUCGGCCUGGCAUGGCCAUGCGGAUCCAAACCUGACCUAUGCGGUGGAGCUGGUGAAAGAGAUGGGAUUGAACAAGGAGGGUAACAAGGUCGAGACCGGCAAAGCCAUCCCCUGCUUCGGUGCGGCAGCGGACGGGGAUGCAGAUCGCAACAUGAUUUGUGGCGCGCAGUUCUUCGUGUCGCCCAGUGAUUCUCUGGCGAUGAUCGUGGCAAAUGCCGACCUCAUCCCGCAGUUCAAAAGUGGUUUGAAGGGAUGUGCCAGAUCAAUGCCAACCUCAGCUGCAUUGGAUUUGGUGGCCAAAAAGAAAAACAUUCCAUGCUUCGAAGUUCCCACGGGCUGGAAAUUCUUUGGGAAUCUGAUGGACAGUGGCACCAGCUAUUUCCCCGGCAAGGAGACCUACACUCCCUUCAUUUGCGGCGAAGAAUCCUUCGGUACUGGCGCAGACCAUGUGCGCGAAAAGGACGGUAUGUGGGCCGUGAUGGCGUGGCUUCAAAUCUUGGCGAAGAAGACGGAAGCGGCUGGAAAAUUGGUGAGCGUAGAGGAUGUUGCCAAUGCUCACUGGAAGGAGUAUGGUCGCAACUACUAUGCUCGAUACGACUAUGAAGGAGUUGACAAAGCCAAAGCAGAGGAGAUGUUUGCUGCCAUGGAAGCGCAGGUCGGUCAGCUGGUGGGCAAGGAGUUCCAAGGUGGUUUGAAGAUCAAGAUCAACGACAUGUUUGAAUAUGUCGACCCAGUUGAUGGCAGCAUUUCGAAGAAGCAGGGCCUACGCUUCAUUUUUGAAGACAACUCGCGGAUCAUCUUUCGAUUGUCCGGCACUGGUGUGGCAGGUGCGACGGUGCGCUUGUACCUGGAGAAGUACGAGCCACCCACAGGCGACCUCACGCAACACCAAUUCGAAGUCGUUAAACCUUUGGCGGCCAUCGCUUUGGAGCUUUCGAAGCUUUCUAGUUACACGGGACGUGAUGCCCCAACUGUCAUCACCUAA